AAAAAUACAAUUUUCUGGACAUAGAUAUCAUAAAUUAAAGGAUAAGAAAAUAGCUUUUUGUACUGCGAUUUGCAGAGCUUGCUUGAUGCUACUGUGAGUCCGAAACUCAUUCCGGGUCUCGCCUGCAUUUGCGGUUCUGAUAUCCAAAGCCCCGGUCGCCGAUGUCCGACGAAAGCCCCGACCCGCCGCCUCCCCCGCCGUCGGAGCCGGUAACCCGACCCGUCGGCGGCACCGAGUACAGCUGGUGCAGGGCCGUCCCCGGCGGCACCGGCAUCACCGUCCUCGCCCUCCUACUCGCCAAACCACCCGACCUGUCCCUCCUCCGGAACGCCCUCCACGGCCUUCAGAAGUCCCACCCCAUCCUCCGCUCCAGGAUCCGCUUCGACCCCGCCGCCAACGCCUUCUCCUUCGUCAUCCCCUCGUCGCCGCACCUCGAGAUCGCGCCCUUCGAUCUCUCGUCCACGUCCCGCAUCCUGAACGGCGAAGACGGUGGCGGGGGCGAAGGCGAAGGCGGCGGCGCCGGCGGGGAGGGGGACGCCGCCGGGGCGACGCCGCUGCACCGCAUCCUCGAGCACGAGAUGAACCGAAACGCGUGGCGCGACUCCGGCGGCGGCGGCGACGACGGCGACGGCGCCGGCACCGACGUGUUCCACGCGAGCCUAUACCACCUGAGCGAGGACCGGUGGGCGCUGGCGCUCCGGCUCCACACGGGCGCGUGCGACCGGGCGGCGGCGGCGGCGCUGCUCCGGAGGCUGCUGCUGGUGGCGGCGGAGGAGGGGCGAGAUGGGGACCGUGAGGAGGAGGCGGCGGACGCUAAUCGGGGGAUCGAGGAGCUGAUUCCGAGCGGGAAGGCGAACAAGCCGUUCUGGGCGCGCGGGAUGGACCUGCUGGGGUACUCCCUCAACUCGUUCCGGCUCGCCCACCUGGAGUUCGUGGACGCGGAGUCGCCGAGGUGUUCCCGGAUGAUGAGGUUGAAGAUGAACAGAGGACACCCAGAGGCUGAUCGAGGGAUGCAAGUCAAGAGAGAUCAAACUGUGCGGCGUUUUGGCAGCGGCCGCCCUGAUCGCAGCACACACCUCUAAGCAACAACCCACCGAUAACCAAUGGGAGAAGUAUGCUGUCGUCACCCUUGUCGACUGCCGUUCAUAUCUCAACCCACCUCUUUCUGUUCAACACCCUGGGUUCUAUCACUCAGCCAUCCUCAACACGCACGAUAUAAGUGGAAGCGAAAAGCUAUGGGACCUGGCAAAGAGAACCUAUACAGCCUUUGCGAA